AUGGUUGUCCCGUGUCGCGCACCAGUGUACGGUGUCCGUCAGUAUGUGACAGCCAGUGCGCCUGUCGCCACAUUACCAUUACGAGCGGCGCAAUAUGGACGAACAGCAGCCUCCCGGAGAUUGAACUCACCACCGACUCAGUCGACGCCUCUAUCCUCUUCCUCAUAUCUCACACCUUUCUCUCCUAGACUGGCAUUGUCAAGCUAUCCUCUUCUACGAUCUCUACAUACCUCCCCCCGGCAAUACCAGCAAGCACAACCAAAAGAAAACCAAAAGCAGGACGUACGAGAUCCGCCACGGGACGAGAAACCCGAGCAGGAGGCUGGUGAGGGAUCUGAACAGAAGAAGGAUGAGGCGAAGGACGAAAAGUCGGAGAAGGACUCAAAACCUCCCCCACCGCCUCAUGGAGACAAAACUCCGUGGCAGGUUUUCACCGAGACACUCCGAAACGAAUUCAAAGCAUCGAAGGAAUGGAACGAAUCCACCAAACAGCUCUCUGGCUCAGUCCAACAAUUCACAGAGUCUGAAACGGUACGGAGGGCGCGAGAGGCUUCAGAGGCCGCCUCCAAGGGAACCUCGCAAGUCCUGAAAACCACCGGUCGUGCCAUUGGCAAAGGUGCAGCCUGGACCUGGGACACAAAGAUGGUUCAAGGAAUCCGCCAAGGCGUAAAUGCGACUGGUCGGACAAUCGAGAAAGCAACUCGCCCGGUUCGAGAGACAAAGGCAUUCAAGGAUAUCACUGAAGCCGUUGACGAUGGAGCCAGCACAAGGUACGGUGGCUGGAUAGAGAAAGAGGAGCGCCGCAAGAGAAGAGAAGCCUUGAGGUUGAAAGAGGAAAGGGAGGGCACGCGCGCUCCGGCCGAGCCUAUGGUCGAAGAUCCAAAUGCUGGCACGAACAUCACGAUCCACAAGGACGCGGCGUGGAAGGAGUCCUGGAACAAAUUCAAGGAGAACUCGAAACUCAUGCAGGGGCUGUUCAAUAUGAAGACGACGUACGAGGAGUCGGAGAAUCCGUUGAUCUCGACGGCACGGUCAAUUUCGGACCGUGUGGCCGGAUUCUUCGCCGAGAACGAAACGGCAAUGGUGAUCAAGAAAUUCCGCGAAAUGGACCCGUCGUUCCAGCUGGAGCCAUUUCUACGAGAACUGCGAGAAUACAUCCUCCCCGAGGUCUUGGACGCAUAUGUCAAAGGCGAUGUGGAAACUCUCAAGCUCUGGCUGUCGGCAGCGCAAUUUCAGGUUUAUUCCGCUCUGAUGGAACAAUACACUAAGGCUGGAUUGAAAUCAGAUGGGCGGAUCCUGGAUAUCCGAAAUGUCGACAUCUUGAACGCCAGACUCUUGGAGCCCGGCGACAUUCCUGUCUUCAUCAUCACCUGCCGUACGCAAGAGGUACACGUUUAUCGCAAUCAGAAAACCAACGAACUCGCUGCUGGGAUGGAGGACAAAGUCCAACUGGUCACAUAUGCCAUCGGCAUGACGAGAUUACCUGAAGAAGUCAACAACCCCGAAACCCGUGGGUGGAGGAUGAUUGAGUUGCAAAAGGCCGCCAGAGAUUACAUCUGA